AUGGCUGCUCGUGCACAUGACGUGGCGGCAUUGGCAUUUGGAGGGAAGCUUGCCUGCCUCAACUUCGCUGACUCCGCGUGGAGGCUGCCCAUGCCUGCUUCCAUGGAUGCAAUGGAUAUUCGGAGAGCGGCCGCCGAGGCAGCUGAGGGGUUUAGGCCGGUGGAGUUUGGUGGAGUGUCCAGCAGCAGCAGUGAUGAGAAGGAGAGUAUGGUUGUGCAGGUGGAAGAGAAGAAGAAGAAGGGAAGCUUGAGCUUGUCCUAUUGGGAUGAGGAGGAUGUGUUGGACAUGCCAAGGUUGCUUGAUGACAUGGCUCAAGGCCUUCUUCUUUCUCCACCUCAAUGCUUAGGUGGCGACAUUUGGGAUGACAUGGGAACCGAUGCUGAUGUCGAAUUGUGGAGUUUCUCCAAUUAA